AAACAUGAAUAAGUAUCUUCCCCUUCUGUGACCAGCAUCAGCUUAAAUUUCCAGCAGCAGUCAUGCAAAUAACAUCUAAUUGCUGGAAGAUCCCAUAGUGCAGGGCUCUGCCCCCCUGUAGCACAAAGCACAGAUGUGGUUUCACCAAUGCACAGCAAUAUCUACAUCCCUCCCCCUGACUAACUGGAAACCUCUGAAUCCUUUCAGGCUUUGGAAGAUCUCAAAACCAUUUCAAAGCAUUUUUCUCUCCUGAUUUAAGGAAACAGAUACAAAAGGCAAAUGGCAUGCCCAUGACAGAGCAGGACAUCAAUAUUUAUUACCCAGCUGAGCACUUGGUCAGCUUUUCUACAGGGCCAACUUGUACAUCAAUAAAUCCAGAACAUGAUCUUUUUUUCCUAUAAUAAUGAACCACAAGAAAAGAGCUGCUCAGGGAAUCAGUCAUACAGCAGCUGCAGGGGUUGGCACGACAUUACUGGGGGCAAUAGGUUCUUCCCAAUAUCUGGACCUUGUAUGGGUCUCAGGUAGGAUCCUUCCUAACAGCACAGGUAAAGAGCUGCCCAGUGAGACUUCAGGAUGGGACACACACCUUAAGCAUCACCCAUGCACCAGGAGUGUCCCUGCAAGGAAUGUCCCCUCCCUGGUCCCCACUGUGCCUCAGUGACCACCCACAGCCCAGCAGGACCUGGAUCUGAGUAGAGAUGUGGCACUUGGGGACGUGGCCGGUGGGCACGGUGGGAUGGGUUGGGGCUGGGGAUCUUGGAGGGCUUUUCCAGCCCUUAUGAUCCCAUGAUCUCUGCAGGGUGGUUUGUUUUGUUACUGCUGAUGGUUUGCUUUGGGAAUUGUUGAUGCUUUUAGAAACUGCUGGUGGAAAUUGCCAGGAACCGUUUCCAAGUGAUGGAGCUGAAAGAGUUAAAAGAUUUCCCAGAGCAGACAGGGCCAGAAGACAAAGAGGAGAGAUGCAAACGAGAUCAGAGCCCAUUUUAGCUCAAUUAAAUCAACCAGUGUCCUUAGGAAAAGAGCCCCAGGGUCAGGGAGUCCUGAAGAUGGAGGCAGAAAGAUGCCUGUCCUUCCCAUCCUGGCAUGUUCCAAGGGCCUGACAAAGAGGAGGGCUUCUUUUCCAGCUCGCACCUCUGAUUUGCUUUUGCCAAGGAUUGUUAUUUGCUUUUGUUCUGUCAUCCUUGGCCGGGGUGAGUGCAGGGAUUUGCAGUGCCCUCCGAGAAGCAAAGGAUGCUUUUGUAUGUGCGCAGUCAGCCCACUGUUUCAUUCAGCCCAAUGGAUGGUUAAUUCCGUAUCCUGGUUACUGCUGAGCCCCGUGGUAUUCUCAGAUGACUCCUUUGUUUACCUGAGCAGCUUGUCAGUUCUCAAAGGAUGUUUUUCCCGAAAUCUUGGAGUUUUGUUUGUUUCCUUUUCAGCUGGAAGAUUACAGGCUGGAAUUUGAUGCAUGUGAGUUUUCAAAGGUACAGACAGGAGGACGUAGAAAUGCAAAAAGGAGCUGCUGUAGCACAAGGAGUGAUGGAUUUUGCUUUUCUGGAGCUGCAGAGCUGGAGGAUACUUGCAGCACCCAACAACACCACAAGCUUCACACUGGCAUAAAGUCAGUGACACAUCCCAGCACCGUCCCCUGCAUGUUGCACAACCCCUUUUACUGUAAAGCUGCAUAACUAUUGACGGGUGACUUUGCACUUUGCAUUCACCACUUGCUGAGCUUCCUCCUCCUCCUGAGACCUGCAGGCAGAGCCCAGGAUGAAGAUCGAGUUUGCUCCGCUCUCCCUGCCGCUGCAGAGGAGACUUCAGACUGCGGCGGUGGUCCAGUGGGUCUUCAGCUUCCUAUGUCUAGCACAGUGCUGCACCGCUGCCUUCAUCGCCCUCCUCUUCACCCGCUUUUGGCUGCUCAGCGUCCUCUACGCCGCCUGGUGGUUCACAGACAGGGAAGCACCGCUCAGGGGUGGGAGACGGAUCCACAUGGUGCGGAACAGCGCAGUCUGGAGACACAUGAAGGACUUCUUCCCCGUCUCGCUGGUGAAAACAGCAGAGUUGGACCCCAGGCAGAACUACCUGGUGGGAUUUCACCCCCACGGGGUCCUGGCAGUGGGAGCCUUCAUCAAUUUCGGCACAGAGGCGACAGGGUUUUCCACGAUCUUCCCAGGCAUCACCCCACACCUGAUGAUGCUCUCCUUAUGGUUUCGUGUCCCCUUCUUAAGGGACUACCUCAUGAGUGGAGGCCUUGUAUCCUCUGAUAAGGAGAGCGCGUACCACGUGCUGCAGAAGCCAGAGGGGGGAAACCUGUUGGCCAUCAUUGUUGGUGGGGCUCAGGAGGCUCUGGAAGCCCGGCCAGGAUCCUGCACCUUGCUGCUGAAGAACAGGAAGGGAUUUAUCCGCGUGGCCAUCGAGCGGGGCACCCCACUGGUCCCUGCCUUUUCCUUUGGGGAGAAUGAGCUCUUUGACCAGGUGAGCAACCCCAAGGGCUCAUGGCUGCGGUGGAUCCAGCACCGGCUCCAGCAGAUCAUGGGCAUUUCCCUGCCCCUCUUCCAUGCAAGAGGUAUCUUCCAGUACAGCUUUGGGCUGGUCCCCUACCGCCGGCCUGUCUACACCGUGAUUGGGAAGCCAAUUCCCGUGCUGAAGAAACACAAGCCAACGGAGGAAGAGGUUGAUCGAGUCCAUCAGAAAUACUUAGAAGAGCUGAGCAAGCUCUUUGAGGAACACAAAGCUAAAUAUAACGUCCCAGAAGACAGUCACCUCGAAUUUAUAUAGAGCUCCUUGUGGAAGCUGGAGGUGUGGACAUCAAGCUCCAAGUUUUCCCUGUCCCUGGGACAGAUUCACUUCAUUUGUGGGUAAUUCAUGGUCCGUACAAUGUGGGGAGAAGGACUUGGUUUUCCCAGCCUUUCCAUCACUCCUCCCUGUGGGACACACAGGAGGUGAUAAGCAAACAAAAUCCCAUCUGACUGACCCCACACCACUGAAACUCCUCAGCACAAAGCUCCCAGCUGGCCUCCAUGCCAAGAUAUUUCCAGGCAGAGAUGAAUUAUUGUUCCCUCCGCAUUUAAUUCAAAGUUUCAUUUUCCCAGGCUAGAUGGGUAAAGUUUGUGCUGGAAAAAGCCAAAUCUUCAAAGAUAUCUGAAAGGAUAUAAAGACCUUUGCUGGUAAAAUCACUUCUCGUGUGAGGAGCCCUGCUUAUAACGAGCCUCAGACCCCUCCAGUGGGGAUGCCACAGCAGCACUGAGCAGUCUGUGUCACAAAUGAUGGUGUUUCCUAAGGUGAGAGCAUGGCCAGGUGAUGGGAGAAGUGAUCUGGGACAGGAAAUAUGGCUCACAAGGCCACAUUUGGCAGGUGCUCAAGGCUUUAAAUAGCUGCUGCUCCUUGAUAUACAGAACUUUAUUAAACUCUGCGCCUAAUGGGAUUUUGCAGCAUGGAAGUUUUAGGUGGCAGGAAGCCAUCUGCUCAGAUCAGCUUUAUUUUACCCUCAGAGAGCCCUUAUACAAUCACAUUCCCUCCCUCCAUUUCUUUCUCUCCUUCCCACCUGUGAGGAGCUGCCAGGGAUCCCAGCAUUUGUGUUACUUGCACUUAAUGAGCUGAACACACAGCUCUGCUCCUGGGGCCACCACUGUGGGGUUUCUGAUUUUCACCUUCUCCCUGUGUCAGCCUCAGUGAAGUUGCUCCACCCGAAUGACCGGCUGCACAUCCCUCCUGUCCCCAGAAAACCAGCAGCAAUAGGAAAAAUUCAUAGGGAGCCCUUAUUGACAUCGCUAACCGCUCCUGUAAUCCCCCACUUAAUCCAGUCAAAUAAAGCAGGUCACCUGCUAUGA